AUGGCUUCCCGCGCGUCUUUUCAGAUGGCCGUUUCAACUUUUGCGAGCCGCAGAGCACUAAAAAGUGAAGCUCCCUGGCCCUUGUCGGCGUCCACUUGCGCCAUGUUGGACCGAUCAACAGAGGCUAAAGAGCGCCGCAACAACAGCCCCCACCCCAUGCCGUCUCGCCGUAUUCAUCCACUCAAUACGAUCAAUACGGGCCAGCUGCCGCGUCAUGAUGGCAGGGACUCGGAAAGUUACCAUGUUGAGUAA